AUGGGUAUUCCAGGGUAUGUAGGAGGCACGAUGAGUGCUUCCCUGCUAAUCAAGGCAAACAGACUUGGCAAAGCAAUUGGAAAUGCCGAUCGGAUCGCUCUCUCCAGACUUGCAGUCAGACACUUAGAAGUCGCCAGACGACCAAUUCGAAUUGCCGUGGAUAUAUCGAUCUGGCUAUUCCAGCUUCAAGCCGGACGGGGAGGACAAAAUCCUGAAUUACGCACACUUUUCUUUCGACUAGUACGACUUCUUGCCUUACCGGUUCACCCCCUCUUCGUCUACGAUGGAAAACAAAAGCCGCCUUUCAAGAGAGGAAAAGCAACAACGGGUCGAAGUUAUGGUAACGCACCAAUCAUCAAUCUUUCCAAGAUUUUGAUCGAUCUGUUCAAGUUCCCUCGACACGAUGCGCCGGGAGAAGCGGAGGCUGAAUGUGCAAGGCUGCAACAAGCCGGGGUUGUCGAUGCAGUUAUGAGCAAUGAUAUCGACACGCUGAUGUUCGGAUCGGGUCUUACAGUUAUGAACUACUCAAAGGAGAGUUCAACUGGCACUACGGCUGCCACUCAUGUUGAUUGCUAUGCUACCGAAACGCAGCUCGACGUUGAGGCGAACGUGAAAUUGAGCCGUGCAGGCAUGGUUUUAUUCGCAAUGUUGAGCGGCGGGGAUUAUUUGCCAUCAGGCGUUACGAAAUGCGGACCUGGUCUCGCUGGCGAGAUUGCAAAGGCCGGUUUUGGUGAGGAUCUUUUUGAAAUUAUCUACUCCAACGACGACGAGGUGGAUGCCAAACUUGCGGAAUGGAGGGAGCGACUACAAUAUGAACUUGAUGAAAACGAAAGCGGUUAUUUCCAGUCCAAGCACAAAGCUGUCCGGAUUCCAGAUACGUUUCCUGAUCGCCAGAUUUUGUCGUUUUAUGCGAAACCGGUGAUUUCUAAUGAAUACGAAAUUGAGCAAUUACGCGAGCGGCUCGUGGGGGCUUGGGAUCAUGAAAUCAACGCACUUGAACUCCGGAAGUUUGUCGCAGAGUACUUUGAAUGGAAGUACCGCUCCGGAGCCAAGAAGUUAAUACGAAACCUAGCGGAGCCAUUGAUUUUGACCAGAUUGCGACUUGCUCGAUCUCCCAUUGCUACGUUCGGAUAUGGCUCUUAUGUUCCAAACGCAGAUCUGCCCAUAUUGCAAAGGAUAUAUCGCAGUCGAAUGCAUUUCAGUACAGGCUGUAUUCCUCAAGUGCAAGUGGAAAUGAUUCCUGUCGAUGUUGUAGGACUCGAUUUGGAUGCGGAGGAGCCUAACCCUCCCCCAGAGUGGUCGCAGGCUACGGAACCAAGUACUCAACCAGCGGAAGAUGAAGAUGAAGCAGAUGCCGAAGCUGUACCGGCUGAUGCUCAGGCACCGAAAUAUCAUAUACCCAAACAUCCGUACAAUCCUUUUGAACCAGAGAAGAUCUGGGUCUUCGAGACCGUAGCAAAUCUAGGAAUUCCAGAUGUGGUGGAGCGUUGGAAGAAGCAGGAAGCUGAGAAGAAAAUGCCUAAAAAGCCGGCACCCAAGAAGGCUACCGCAAAUAGGAAGAAGAAGGUUAUUGAUCCAAGCAUGAAGCCUGGCGGUAUCCUUCGUUACACAACUGUCACGAAACCGGGCAGCGAUAUGAACAGCGUCAAGAAGGCACACAUUCUCGAUGCCGCAGGUUUAUCGUCAUCGCCACAACAACCCUCAAGUCAAAGUACAUACAACAGCCAAUACAGUGUCUUGUCUGACAACGGGAUUUUCUCAAGUCAAUCCCUGCGACCAAGCCAAAAAUCAAUGAAGUCGUCAGGUGUGGCUAUGGAUGAACUUGUGAGUCAAUUUUCUGUAACUUGCAGUAUAGGAGAUGGUUACACUACGCAUGUACGGGGCCCAUCUUUCAGGCGUCCUCCUUCUAUUCGCGGUCUGAAUUUCGACAAUGUGGAUCUCGACACAGAGCUAGAAAGUAUUGCUACUUUCUCUCCAUCUCAUUCCCCAUCUUCGACCAAGUUCAGAAUUAGUUAUACGCCUGCUGGAAAUCUUUCGCCUCUUUCAGCAGAAACUACGAGGCGGGUUCAACCUCCAGCUGCAACCUUGUCACCCACACCGAAAACUCGGCGCUCGAACAGGAUCAAAGCUCAACAAUCCAGCAGCGAGGAGCUAUUAGUGAGAGCAUUUGAAUCUCUUCGCCUGUCUCCAGUGGCUCAAAGUCUAGAGCCUGAAAACUUAGAGGAUGCGAAAAAAGUGCGGAAAUCAAGAUCAAAAGCAGCAGCGAACAAGUCUAAGAAGCCACCAUCUGCAGCAUCGAAACCUCCGGAGGUCCAGCCCGAGCUUAAACGUAAUUCGCAUGUCCUUCGAAGCCAGAAAGAUCAAUCAAAAGCAAACCAGACCGAAGAGAUUACCGAUCUCGAAGCCGUCCCACCUGUACCAGCCAAAGCCGAAAACGAGGCUAAAGAUCCUGAUCAGACUCAACCUCAGCCUCGCAAGACCUUUACUGAAACAAUACGGACCUACAAUGGAUUCUGGACCGUCGACCUUCGCGAAGAAGAUGAGUCUAGCCUUGAAACUGGCGAAACACAACAAGAACACGAAGAAAUCACCGAAAAGGGGAAGGGCAAGAAGAAGAGAAUUGCACGUGUUAGCCUCCUGGAUAUGAGGUGAUCGUUUAUUAUUUACUUCUACCGCCCGUACAUUCUGAUCUAUUUGUUAGCGACACCGUAUUAGCAUUCCAGGCGUUUGGCA